ACCAAAGCAAUACUUAGCGAUAUAGAAGUUUCUCGAACACAGAAGAAUAUGGUUACAAAUACUACGGGCGAGAAUCAAACUUCGCUGCGUCCAAUUACUGCAACCGAGGUUCCUUCCGCAAUUUCUGAAGCAGGUAUAACGAAAUCAAGAUGAGGGGAAGAAGCUACAGUUACAGUCCGUCGCCUCCAAGGCGUUACGGUCGAAGCAGACGCAGUCCUAGUCCUAGGGGACGUUACGGAGGCCGUGGUAGGGAUUUACCAACAAGUCUUCUUGUUCGGAACCUUCACAAAGAUUGCAGGCCAGAUGAUCUGCAUGGUCCAUUUAGCCAGUUUGGUCCUCUCAAGGAUGUUUACCUGCCUCGUGAUUAUUAUACUGGGGAGCCGAGGGGAUUUGGAUUUGUUCAGUAUGUGGACCCAGCUGAUGCUGCAGAUGCAAAAUAUCACAUGGAUGGUCAAAUUCUUCUUGGUCGCGAGUUAACUGUGGUGUUUGCUGAAGAAAACAGAAAGAAACCUCAAGAAAUGAGAGCAAGAGAACGUGGGAGGUCAUAUGAUUAUAGACGAUCUCCUCGUCGUCGUUCUCGCUCACCACACUAUGCACACACCUAUUCUCCUAGUCCAGACUAUUCACCUUCUCCAGGACGAAGGCAAUAUUCCAGAUAUUCCAGGUCAAUCUCACCGAGAGAUGGAAGGUAUAGGAGGGAAUCAUACUCUAGAUCCCCUUAUAGUAGAUCGCCUUAUGCAUCAAGAAGCCCCAGUCGAGGUAGGAGUUACAGCAGGAGCAUUAGCCGUAGUCCAGGGUACUCUAGGUGAUUUAAUUUGUUAAGUUUCGUUGAUGUGAGAGAUGAUGCUGUAGUUUUUAUUUUGUUUCUAAUGACACUUCUUCAGUGCUUUGGAUGUUGUUAAUCAGUGUAGUUUUAUAUGUGCUCUUUAUUUAGUCCUGUUGUUAUCAAAAUGUUUCUUGGACAAAUCUUUUUAUUUGUCUUUCUGCCUCUAAUUGUUGUCUGCGAAUUUCAAGGAUAGUAUAUUUUAGUUUAUUUUCUUUGAA